AUGCCCUCCUACACGGUCACUGUGGCCACCGGCAGCCAGUGGUUCGCGGGCACCGACGACUACAUCUACCUCAGCCUCAUUGGCUCUGCGGGCUGCAGCGAGAAGCACCUGCUGGACAAGGCCUUCUACAAUGACUUCGAGCGUGGCGCGGUGGACUCAUACGAUGUCACUGUGGAUGAAGAACUGGGUGAGAUCCAGCUAGUCAAAAUUGAGAAGCGCAAAUACUGGCUGCAUGAUGACUGGUACCUGAAGUACAUCACACUGAAGACACCCCACGGGGACUACAUCGAGUUCCCCUGCUACCGCUGGAUCACAGGCGAGGGCGAGAUUGUGCUGAGGGAUGGACGUGCAAAGCUGGCCCGAGAUGAUCAAAUCCACCUUCUCAAGCAGCACAGGCGUAAAGAACUGGAAGCUCGACAAAAACAGUAUCGAUGGAUGGAGUGGAACCCUGGCUUCCCAUUGAGUAUCGAUGCCAAAAGCCACAAGGAUUUGCCCCGAGACAUCCAGUUCGAUAGUGAAAAAGGAGUGGACUUUGUUCUGAACUACUCAAAAGCGAUGGAGAACCUGUUCAUCAAUCGCUUCAUGCACAUGUUUCAGUCUUCCUGGAAUGACUUUGCUGAUUUUGAGAAAAUCUUCGUCAAGAUCAGCAACACUAUUUCUGAGCGAGUCAAGAACCACUGGCAAGAGGACCUUAUGUUCGGUUACCAGUUCCUGAAUGGCUGCAACCCGGUACUCAUCAAGCGCUGCACGGAGUUGCCCCAGAAGCUCCCAGUGACCACAGAGAUGGUGGAGUGCAGCCUAGAGCGGAAUCUCAGUUUAGAACAGGAAGUACAGGAAGGGAACAUUUUCAUCGUGGACUAUGAACUACUGGAUGGCAUCGAUGCCAACAAAACUGACCCUUGCACACAUCAGUUCCUGGCUGCACCCAUCUGCCUGCUGUAUAAGAAUCUAGCCAACAAGAUUGUUCCCAUUGCCAUCCAGCUCAACCAAGCCCCUGGAGAGAAGAACCCGAUUUUUCUCCCUUCGGAUGCAAAAUAUGACUGGCUUUUGGCCAAAAUCUGGGUGCGUUCCAGUGACUUCCAUGUCCAUCAGACGAUCACCCACCUUCUGCGCACACAUUUGGUGUCUGAGGUGUUUGGGAUUGCCAUGUACCGCCAGUUGCCUGCUGUGCACCCCAUUUUCAAGCUGUUGGUAGCCCAUGUGAGGUUUACCAUAGCCAUCAACACUAAGGCCCGGGAACAGCUUAUCUGCGAGUACGGCCUUUUUGACAAGGCCAAUGCCACUGGGGGUGGCGGGCACGUGCAGAUGGUGCAGAGGGCUGUGCAGGACCUGACUUACUCCUCCCUAUGCUUCCCGGAGGCCAUCAAGGCCCGGGGCAUGGACAGCACUGAGGACAUCCCCUACUACUUCUAUCGCGAUGACGGACUGCUGGUGUGGGAGGCCAUCCAGUCGUUCACAAGUGAGGUGGUGGGCAUCUACUAUGAGGAUGACCAGGUGGUUGUGGAGGACCAGGAGCUGCAGGACUUCGUGAGGGAUGUUUACGUGUACGGCAUGCGUGGCAGAAAAGCCUCAGGCUUCCCCAAGUCCAUCAAGAGCAGAGAGAAGUUGUCUGAGUACCUGACUGUGGUGAUCUUCACAGCCUCGGCCCAGCAUGCAGCCGUAAACUUCGGCCAGUAUGACUGGUGCUCCUGGAUCCCCAAUGCUCCUCCAACCAUGCGGGCCCCACCGCCCACGGCCAAGGGUGUGGUGACCAUCGAGCAGAUCGUGGAUACUCUACCAGACCGUGGCCGCUCAUGUUGGCAUCUAGGCGCAGUAUGGGCAUUGAGCCAGUUCCAAGAAAAUGAGCUGUUUCUGGGCAUGUAUCCUGAGGAGCAUUUCAUUGAGAAACCGGUGAAAGAAGCCAUGAUCCGAUUCCGCAAGAACCUGGAGGCCAUUGUUAGUGUGAUCGCUGAGCGCAAUAAAAACAAAAAGCUCCCCUACUACUACCUGUCACCAGACAGGAUUCCCAACAGUGUAGCCAUCUAAGCCUGGCCUGCCUGGCCCAGCAUCUCUCUGGGAAGGCCAGUGGCUUUGCCAGCCAGUCCCCAGCUUUCCUGGCAGGCUCUAGACAGACCUUCGGGCAGCUGAUGCAUCUUCCUUCCAAGCUAGCAGUGCUCCCCCUGGGCCUGGCUAUUCUAGGAUGGGAGGGCAUGCUCCUGCUUCUUCCUGUCUUUGGUGGAAAUAUGUACACAGUACAGGGACCUUCCACCUGGAGCGGGGCUGUGCAGCUGUGAUCCCCAGCCCAGAUAAGCACUUCUACACUAAUAAGCAACAGUCCAUCAAAGUAAGUGACAUCUGUUCUUCUUGG